AUGGUCCUUCAGGCGUAUAUUUCCAGUGUUUUGCAAGGUUCUGGGGUGUUUACAGUCCUCAAGUCGUCCCGCGAUGUCAAAUUCUUGUUUGCACAGCGCUUCUUCCGCUUGUUUGCUUACGGAGCGAGUUUUCUGAUCCUCGUACAAUUUCUUACAAGCCUCGGAGUGACUGACAAGAUGGUCGGGCUCUUCAUGACGCUGACAAUGCUGGGCGAUGCACUGAUCAGCUUUGUGUUGGUUUUGAUUACCGACCAAAUUGGAAGGCGGAAGAUACUUGCCCUUGGUGCCAUCCUGAUGACUAUGAGUGGCGCGAUCUUCUCGAUGAGCAGCACGUAUUGGAUACUCGUCCUCGCGAGCGUGGUUGGAGUCAUUAGUCCAAGUGGCAACGAGAUCGGCCCCUUCCGUGCAGUGGAAGAGUCAAUACUUGCCCAGCUCACAGAUAAAGAUGACCGUAGUGACAUCUUCGCAUGGUACACCAUGUGUGGCACGGCUGGUGCUGCCAUAGGAACCGUGACGAGCGGAUGGAUGGUACAAACCGUAUCAAACGCCGUGGCAGACAAAGUCAAACCAUACCGCUUCAUCUUCGUUCUCUACGCUGCGCUGGGGAUUGUCAAACUUGUUCUUGUGCUAGCGCUCAGCCCGACUGUCGAACUCCAUGAUCAGAAACACGAGUAUCAAGAAGUCAUUGAGCUCGAGGACGAAGACCUGGUAUCCCAUACCUCAUCCCCGCGAAAAGCGCGGCGGACGCCAAAGUCCUCCGAAGUCAAAACCGUUAGAAGGCUCCACGCAUUACUUCCGCAAAUAUCUCGCGAGUCGUUGCUUAUCCUGUUCCGCCUCAUUCUCCUCUUCGCAUUAGACUCAUUUGCAUCCGGCAUGGCUUCACCAUCUUGGCUUACGUACUUCUUCACCACCUUCCACAACGUCGAGCCUGCCACACUAGGAACACUAUUCUUCACCACCAACCUUCUCGCGACACUGUCCAACUUUGCCGCUCUUCCCCUCGCCCGGCGCCUCGGUCCGUUGAAGACAAUGGCAUUCACGCAUCUCCCGUCCGCAGUCUUUCUUGCGUUAGUCCCUAUUCCUCAAGCUGGAAGUUGGGGAACGUUGGUUGCCAUGACUUUCCUGAGCCUCCGAGCGUGUACACAAAGUAUGGAUCAGGCACCUAGACAGGCAUUUCUUGCAGCUGUGAUGAGACCAGAAGAGAGGACUGCGAUCCUUGGUAUCAUAAACAUCGUGAAGACAAUCGCACAGGCAGGCGGUAUAGGCAGCUCGGGAGUUCUAGCAGCGGGAAGGUCGUGGCGUUUGAUGUUGGGAGGUGCGGGUAUGAUGAAGGCGACGUACGAUUUAUUGAUACUGUGGACGUUUCUUGGCGUACCGGACAGAGAUAUGGAAGAAAGAUAGGGUGGGAGUCUUUUUAAGACGAUCGUUCAUUACCGUUCCCUGAUGUAGAUCAAUAACUAAAACUUGGC